AAAUAUUAAAAAUAAUGUAUAUCCAAAUCAUAUUAAACAAUUAAUAUAUGAAUAUCCAAAUGUUGAUACAAUUGAAAGAGUUGAGGAAAUUAUUCAAACAUUAAAAGAAUCUAAUGAACCAAAUAUUAAUAAUUGGAUUACAUUUUAUUCAAUUCCUUGGAUAUGUGGUUCAUUAAAUUAUUUAUAUUCUUUCAUUAGUAAUGAUAUUUGGUAUAAAGCCCCAGAUAAUACAAAUGUUGCUGAGGCUUGUUAUUCAAAUGUAAAUCAGGAUAGUAAAACUUUAACACUAGAAAAUGCAAUUUAA